AUGAGCCCUGCAACUCCAGUCCCGUUUGACUCCGCCCUGGAAAGUCCUUUUGAAGAAAUGGCCCUAGUGAGGGGUGGCUGGCUGUGGAGACAGAGUUCUAUCCUCCGCCGCUGGAAGCGGAACUGGUUUGCCCUGUGGCUGGACGGGACCCUGGGCUACUAUCAUGACGAAACUGCGCAGGACGAGGAGGACCGUGUGCUCAUCCACUUCAAUGUCCGUGAGGUGAAGAUCGGCCAGGAGUGCCAUGAUGUGCAGCCCCCAGAGGGCCGGAGCCGGGAUGGCCUGCUUACUGUGCACCUGCGUGAGGGCUCCCGCCUACAUCUGUGCGCAGAGACCCGCGAUGAUGCCAUAGCCUGGAAGACAGCACUGCUGGAGACAAACUCCACCCCGGCCCCAGCUGGAGCCACAGGCCCACCCAGGAGACGCCCCAAGCUCAGGUGUGUGACCCGCUCGUGGAACCCCUGUAAGGUUGAGAGGCGGAUCUGGGUGCGUGUCUACAGCCCAUAUCAGGACUACUACGAGGUGGUACCACCCAACGCACACGAGGCCACAUAUGUCCGCAACUACUACGGGCCGCCCUACGCAGGCCCCGGAGUGACGCACGUGAUAGUUCGGGAGGAUCCCUGCUACAGCUCGGGCGCCCCACUGGCCAUGGGCAUGCUCGCUGGGGCAGCCACAGGCGCUGCACUCGGCUCGCUCAUGUGGUCGCCCUGCUGGUUCUAA